ACUUCCUGCGUCGCCAUUGUUGGCAUUCCUUCUGCUGUUGACAGGUCGUUUUCCACUGCCCUUGGGGACCCGAGUGUUGGGUCGUGGCCGUUUUCCAGGCGCCUCCUCGGGACCCGGCCGAGGUGGACAGUGAGGAGGAUGGGACCGGCCUCCAGGCUCCGUACGAGCCGCAGUGUCCUGUAACGUGGUGUCCUGCGUCCCCACGGUCCCUGGAGGCGGCGUUUACACCGUGGGGACAGAGGUCCCGCGUGCAACGGGCGGUGGGAGGCCCCCGGCCUGGGGCUGGGGGUGUAGGGAGCGGCAGAGCCCGCCUGGGUCUGAUGGCGGUGGCGCUGAGGGGCCCGCUGCGGGUGAGUGGAGGGUCCCCGCAGCCCCCACUCACUCGGACCCCUACCCAUGUGGCCCGGGACCCCCGACAGAGGGGAGGGGUUGCUCCCGGACUCUGCCCCUCCAUCUUCGCUACUGGGACCCUGGGGUCACUGAAAGCCCAAGGUGCCGAGUCCUGGCCAGGUUUUUUGUGGAAACGUUCUCAUUCUGGAAUCCAGCGGGAGAAGGCGUGCAAAGCAGUUUCAGGCACAGGGACCAGGAUGUGCACAUGCUUGGCGGUGAAGCUCAGUUGGGAGUGUUCAGGGAACUGAAGGUCUCCCUGUUGCCUGGUGGACAAGAGCUUGGCCUGUCACCUGAGGGUGGCGGGAGCCACGGAAGGUUUGGAGCAGAAGAGGGAGGUGAUCUGACUCAGGUGUUCACAGGCUUCCUCGGGCUGCAGAGUGGAAAACAGACAGGAGAGUGAGAGUGAGGGAAGAGAAAAGGAGGCACACAAGGAUGCUACCUUAAUAUAGCAGUGGCUUGGCCACAGCGGUGACUGGAGUUGGGAGAAGUGGUUGGAGCUUGGAUCUGUCUUUUAAGUUAAGCCAGCCUGAUUUUAGAGAGAGAGAGAGACAGAGAGAGAGAGCGCACAAGGAGGUGGGGAUGUCCCCGUGGGUUUUUGGCCUCAGCGAUUAGAAGGUGGAAGUGCUUCGGCUGAGAUGGGGAAGUUGGUGGGUGGAGUGGUUUCAGGGAAGAUCAGGAGGUGGAUUUUGCAUGUGGAGACUGAGAUGUCCCAGAGACUUCUGAAUGCAGGUCUGAGUUAUGCUGAGGGAUUCCACUUGGAGACAUCCAGUUGGCAGUAGCCAGCCUGUGAAGUGAGGUGGAACUCAGGUGCAGAUUUAGGAGGGAGCGUCUUUAGGGCAUGGUGAUGGAUGCCCCAUGGGGGCAGCUGAGGACUGGGUGGCUCUUCGGGUACCUGGACAGGGGUGGUGGGUGUCACAAAUUCAGGUGAAGGGAGGAGCAGCCACAAAGGAAGGGGUGUGUGGGAGAGGAGGGUCCAGAAGGGGCCCCGGUCGCUGAGGUGGAGGCUGAGGCAUAUUGUAGGUGGAGGUAGAUGACAGCAGGACCGGGGCUGGUGGCUAUUCACCUCUCUAUGGCUCACCAGCCUUUCUUGGCGCCCUCUGUGGGGCCUGUGAGUUUCAGUUAGGAUAGCAGGUUAGCUCAGUGGCAGGCAGGCAACUGGGAGUGUCGCAGGCCUGGGGUGGGAGGUGGUGGGCCUGGACUUUGAGUAUACAUUAGGAAAGAAGAAUACAGUGGCAGGGGAGGUGACAGCAUGCAGAAAGUCAGAGGCCAGGACAUGCCAGAAAUCCAUGUCUGGCCUUGGUGGCUGAGAGUCAAAGGUAGGAAUAGGCCCAGUUGCAGAAACAAUGAAGGAAACUCUGGGUGCCACCCCUGGCAGUUGGAAUUCUUUGAAGUCUGGGUCAGGAAGGGGUACUGGUUGACCUCACCAAGUAGCCAGGCUCUGGACACCAUUUGCACAGUGACAUGUGGGAUGGCUGGGAGAUGCCCGUUGUGUGGGCCAGGGAUGCCCGUUGUGUGGGGUCUGGAGAUGUGCAAUACAAAGCCUGACGUGUGCAUGCAGAGGAGAUGAGUCAGUGGACUGGAAUCUGGUACUGGGGGCCCUGUGGGAGAAAGGGGGCUUCCGGUUUGGUGUUUCUGGGUGGCAGGAUCUGGGGACCCAGGGGAAUUACCUAGCAGGAGGAAGUGGGGCCCUACAUGCCAGGCUAAGGGUUUAGAUGGCAUCUAUCUGUCCACCUGCCUGCUCUUUGAAGGACAGUGGCCGAUGGGACAUGAGGAGACAGCGGCACCCAUGACAUUGCAUCUGGGGGAAGUGGGUGACCUGGAGUGUUUGGGGAGGAUGGUUUAGGGGUCAGAGACUGCCCACCACAGAGGUGGUAUGAUGCAGGGUGAAAGAUCUAGGUCUGUAUGGGCUCAUCUGUGCACUGUUUUUUGUUCGUUUUUCUACCAUCCUUUGGUCUAGCUGACUUAAUUGUCUUCAUCAUGGCAGGGCUGGGGGACCUUUGAGGACAUUGCCGUGUACUUCUCUCAGGAGGAGUGGGGGCUCCUUGACGAGGCUCAGAGGCACCUGUACUGUGAUGUGAUGCUGGAGAACUUGGCACUUGUGGCCUCACUGGAUUAUGGGUGUGGAGCAGAGGCUGAGGAGGCAUCUUAUGAGCAGAGUGUUUAUGUAGCAGUGCUUCAGUCCAGGACCCCCAAGGCAGAUCCAUCCAUCCAGAAGGCCAACACCUGUGAUGUGCAUGACCCAGUGUUAAAAGACAUAUUACACCUGGCUGAGCACCAGGGAAUACAACCCAGGCAGACACUGUACACGUGUGAGACAUGUGGGAGAGGUUUCUGGCUCAGUGCGAACUCUCACAAGCACCAGAAGGAGCACAGUGAAGAGAAACCCUUCACAUGCAGGGAGUGUGCUAAGGCUGUCCUGGACAGCCAUGGCCUCCAGCCCCAGGCCACCUACGGAGAGGGGACAUCACACAGAAGCACCGAGUGUAAGGAGGCCUUACCACCCAGCUCCAUUUGGAAGCAACAGCAGGGAGGCCACGCCUCACAGAAGCCCUUCAAGUGCAGCGACUGCGGACAAGCGUUCCUGAAGGCCUUUGCACUCCUCAACCACCUGAUCACUCACGCCAAAGAGAGACCCUUCAGGUGCCCAGCAGGUGGAAAUGCCCCCAAGGAGAGCUCAACCCUGUUUAAUCACCGAAAAACUCACACUGGAGAAACAUCCCAUGUGUGUAAGGAAUGUGGGAAGGUGUUCAGCCACCUGUUUAGCAUGAGGACGCAUCAGAAAGUUCACACUGGAAAAGCGCAUCUCAGUUGCAGUGAAUGUGGUAAAGUCUUCACCCGCAAACACUCACUCACUCAGCACCAGAGAGUUCACACUGGAGAAAGGCCUUAUGAGUGUGACCAGUGUGGGAAAGCCUUCACUCGUAGCUUCCACGUUGUUCGGCACCAGAAAGUUCACAACACAGAGAGGCCUUAUGAGUGCAGACAGUGUCGGCGAGUCUUUAGCUGUAUCUCCAACUUUGUCGAGCACCAGAAAAUACAUACCGGAGAAAGGCCUUAUGAGUGCAGCGAAUGCGGAAAAGCCUUCGUUAACACCUCCCAUCUUGUCCGGCAUCAGAAAGUUCACAACACAGAAAGGCCUUUUGAGUGCAGUGAAUGUGGAAAAGCCUUCCAGCAAACCUCCAAACUUAUUCUGCAUCAAAGGAGUCAUACUGGAGAAAGACCUUAUAAGUGCAACCAAUGUGGGAAAGCCUUCAGUUGCCCCUCCAACCUCGUUCCACACCAGCGAAUUCACACUGGAGAAAAGCCUUACAAGUGCUCCGAAUGUGGGAAAGCUUUCAGUCAAAGCUCUGCUCUCAUUCAGCAUCAGAAAGUUCACACCAGAGAAAGGCCUUAUGAGUGCACUGAAUGCGGGAAAGCCUUCAGCUACAGCUCUAACCUUGUUAAGCACCAGAAAGUUCACACCGGAAAACGGCCUUAUAAGUGCAGCCAGUGUGGGAAGGCCUUCAGCGAAAGCUCCAUUCUCAGUCAGCACCAGAGAGUUCACACUGGAGAAAAGCCUUAUGCGUGUAACAAAUGCGGAAAAGCUUUCCGCUACAGCUCAAACCUCUCUAAGCACCAGAAGGGUCACACUGGAAAAGAGCCGUCUGAGUGCAGUGGACAUAGGAUCACCUUCAGCCAGAGCUCCAGCCUCCCUCAGCCCAGAAAGGUCACACCAAAGAAAGGCCUUAGGAAUGUGGCAAGAGUGGAUAAGCACUAGUGGGGACCUUCUCCUUGUUCCAUAAAAGGACUCACUCUUGAGAAACUCCUAUGAAAGGAACCUUUGUGAGGAAGCCAUCAGCCAAAAUUUGAAACUUGUGCAUCCCACACCCCUACUGGGAGAUUGGCUGUAGUGCCAGUGGUAAGUGGGAAGCUUGCAGGAGCUAUGCAGCACUUUCUAACCUGUCCAGGUGCUUUGCCAGAUUAUGUCACUGCCAGGUGCCCUCUCACCUCUACCACUUGGCAGAGCCCCACACCAUGUGCCUGUCAUCUCAACAUACUCAGGGAAUGCAGGCUUGUGUUCUCAUUCCCUGGAGGGAGGCAUAAACUUUGGGAGCCCAUUGGGGUGGCCUCAUUUUCCACCUCUCCCCUGUCCCCAGUGGCUCAGGUGUUGCCUUGACAUAGUUCUCUCCAGGAGGAUCUGGAGUCUGACGAUGUCCAGAGGAAGUUUCCUUCUUCAUGGGCAUUGUUGAGUCUACAGAUGAUGCCUGCAGUGAACUGGUCCAGCCUCCAUAUCACCCAGCCUUGGAACUGCCUGCCUGCAGAGUGUGAUAAUAAAGACCUUAUUGCUGAAGCCAUCUUUAA